UUUUUCAAGGAAGGUGGUCAGUGUGUAAAUGCUGCAAAGAAGUCACAGACAACAGAGAAGUGACCACUGGGUUUAGCAGCAUAGGUCACAGAUGACCUUGACCACAGCACUCUCCAUGUAUAGGGGAGCAGAAGCCCAGUUGUCUUGGGUUAAGGAGAGAAUGUGAGGUGAGGAAGUGGAGAUGUCAGGAUAGAAAACACAAGUUGUUUUGUAAUGAAGGAGGAGUAAGGAGGUAAUGGGGUCAUGGAAGAGUUUUUUUCUCAAAGAAGGGGAAUUCUAGAGCAGGCUUGCUUGCUGAUGAGUAUGAGCCAGGAGAGAAGGUAGAAAUUGUGCAAGAGAGGUUAUUCAAGAUUAUGUCUUUGACAGAGCAAGAGAAAUUGACAUCCAGAGCUCUUCAGAGGAGUUUGUCUUAAUUGGGAAAAGUCUAAGAGUAUGAGUGAAGAUGCAGGGACAGAUCUGGAAGCAUCUUUGCUAAGUUUUGAAAAACUUGACCGUGCCUCACCAGACCUUUGGCCAGAACAGUUACCAGGUGUCGCUGAAUUUGCAGCUUCCUUUAAAAGUCCUAUUACUAGUUCUCCACCCAAAUGGAUGGCUGAAAUAGAACGUGAUGACAUUGACAUGUUGAAAGAACUGGGGAGCCUCACCACAGCUAAUUUGAUGGAGAAGGUACGAGGCCUACAGAACUUGGCCUAUCAGCUGGGGCUGGAUGAGUCCAGAGAGAUGACACGGGGGAAAUUUCUCAACAUUCUGGAGAAACCCAAGAAGUAGCAGCUGCUUGUGGAUGGGAUGUCCUGGGGACUGGAACCGCGCCCUCCCUCCCAGUGGAGCUCUGACGAUGUGCAACUCUCUGCUUCCCGGUGAGAGGCCAGAGGGUGCCCCUCCAGGACUGACCCUCCCCCCUGCUCCUGGCACUCUGCACCUCCGAGGACAUUCGGCGGCAAGAGAGGAAUUUGCUCCGUUGAGUCUCAACAGAAGGAUGAGCGCGGUUACUCAGCCAGCUUCCGGACUUUGACCAUCUCAGCCUUGGAUGUGGGUGACACCAGAGAGCACAUCAUUCUUAAAGGUCAAAGUUCUGUGCUAUCAUUUCAGAAAGUGAUGCAGGAGCCCCAGGAUCUUACACCUGAUUUGAUUCAGUGAUGGCAAAGUCAGCUGUGGCACGUGGAGCGGACAGGUUCUUCUGGCUUGUACUUGAUAUCUUAGGAAGUAUUUAUGGUGUGAGGAGACCAGAGAACAGUUAGAUUCUGAAACAGACCAGUGAACUGACUGUGAACUCUCCAUUAUAUAUUGGGUUCCAAGAAUCCCCAGCUGGAGAAAGCCAGAGUCUUCAUGACAUGUAUACCUGCUUUAACAAUUCUGUACCUCUCACAAUAGCCCCCAUGCCCCAGUGCCUUUCAUUCCCCACCAUCAGUUCUGAUUCCAGGAAAGGGGAUCCCUGUGGAUCGAGUCCCUCCUGGGAGUAACUAGUGAAAGGCCCAUGCAAGGUUGCACUGGGUUCUAGACCUCAAGACCAAGUUAAAGAUGAAAAAAAGGACUUCUGAGUUCCAGGAAUCGGUUACAAGACCCACACAAGAAAGUCAGUAUGGCCGAAAAGGUAGGAGAAGGGGAUUGUUGACAGGAGCUCCCAUUUGAUUAAAAACAAGAAUCUCUAAUUGACCUGAAAGGAACGUGCUGUGGAAUGGUGGCAGUGUUUUGCCCCCACUUGUCCCCUCUCACAGCAGAUACUCCAUCAACGUAACAAAUACACACAUGCGCGCACGCGGGAAAAAAGAAUUUCCGGACUUAAAUGCAAUUCCUCUGGAGCUCUUUGCCAGUUAUCUGUCUCUGUGUUAAAACCUGAAAACCUAAUCCAUGCGUAAAAUUGGUUACACAUGUUCUCCGUAUUUUGUCUUGUAAGCCAGCCCCCAGCCUCUGAUGUUUCGAGAAGUACAUGAGGCUUCCUAACCUUCAUGCAAAGAACAUCCACAUGGCGGUUGUCUGAUGGUGUUUGGUUACAAGGAAAGUUGUGGUUAAACUAUUGGUCCUGAGUGUCUAUGCUAGGGUGCCUCACUCAUCAGUUAAAUAGCUGGUCUGUUAACCAUUUCUGACAUGUGUGCCUUGUUUCCCAUGCUAGAACUAAUGUUGGGUUUUUCUCUCAUUUUUGCCAUCCACGUGAUUUUACAUAUUGGUAAGGAGAAAACUUGAACACGAGUCACAAAGGAUGGGUAAGUGAGAAAGAAAAGAUUCUGCCUGGAUGCGAUAUAGAAAUUUAGGCUGGAGAGGCAUAGAUUUUAAGUUAGGCCUAUUACUGACAUUCCUUUUUCUCAAAAUGCAGUUGGAGUGGGAGGGAAGGAGAGGGCAAAAAAUAGUGCCACAACGUCAAAUUUUUCCUUUGCUCAGUUUUUGAGAGUUGAUGACAUCAGGCACUUUUAAGUGUUUGGGGGAAUUGAGACAUACAUGGAGAAUAUGAGGAUACCUCCCCAAAACCAACUCAGGUCUGUAACCCAAGGCUGUGUAGUUGGUUUUCUGGUCUGCUUUGGCCUUUCUUUUAUUGUCAUCUUAUUCACCAGCACUUAACAUAAGUAGAUGUUUUAGAAUUGCGAUAUUUAUUGGUUUUGUAUUUGUCAUCCUUAGAAAUGUUAAUGAUGUAUUUUUAUAUUGAUAAUAUAAAUGGAUGUGUAAUGUGUGUGUACUUCAGGGUGUUAGAGGACUGUGCUUUGUACUUGAUGGUUUCUGUGUCGUCAUAAUAAAUAUGUCCCUUUCAUAGGA